UCUGUCAUUGUCAAAGAAGUGCAUCAUGGCGACGGCAGACCACGAAUGUUUGAUUCAAUAAUCAAUGACUGUUUUACGUUGCUAUAUUGUUAAUUAUUACUUGUUGUAGUGUGACGAACCUUGUUAUGUCUACUGAACGUUAAAACUAAUUUGAUAAGACUAUGACGAGCUUGAUAGAUAAAAUUGAACAACUAAUAAAACGUGAAAAAACAACACCCGAGCGUAAAAAAGAUGACUCGAAAAAGUCAUCAAGUGAGAUUCUCUCGGAAUUGUUUAGUGCUUUUAACGCGGAUCCGCCGAAGAUAGAUGAAGUUCCUUCUAAAAAAUCAAAGAAGAGUAAGAAGAAGCAUAAGAAAGAAAAGAAGAAACGCAGCCGCAGUUCUAGCAGCGACAGCUCGGACGAUAGUGAGUACACACAUAAACGGAAAAAGCGAAAAAAGAGUAAGUCUAAGAAACGUGCUAGAGAGAGCCGGUCUCCUUCAUACCCAUACCCACUAACACCAGUGCGAGUGAAACCAGAAAAUGACCACGUAAAAAUAAAACAUGAGAAAGAAAUAAAACUAGAAGAUGUUAAACCCAAGGAAGUUAAACUCGAAAAAGACGUUAAGAAGCAUGCGGCAAUUAAAAUUGAAGAAGAUUCUAUUUCAUUGUCACCUCCACAUCCCAUGUCUAUGUCUAUAGACUGUAACAAGACCAUAGACCUACGGGAUAAACUGGAUAGUAAGAAGGCUGAAUCUUGCAAUGCAGACAAUGACAAGUCUAAGGGUAAAAUUCAAAUAAAGAAUCUUAAAUUUAGUGCAGUAUAUGAGGAGACGGUUAAGAAGGCUGAAGAAGAGGCUAGAAGGAAAGCAGAGAAAUAUGAAGAAGGUGAAUACACAGACUCUUCCAGCAGUACUGAGAAGGAAAUUGUGUGUAACUCACAGUUCCCUAAAACAUCUGAUCCUGGUGGUAUACUUAAGAAACAGGCUGAGGAGGAAUUGAAAAUUGAAAUAAAUGGCGAUUCAAAAUCUGCCUCAAAGAAAAGUAAAAAGUCUGAAAGCUCAACAAAAUCAUCAAGGCGAGAUAGAAGUAAAUCUCCUAAAAGAUCUAGCAGUAAAUCAAGGAGAUCAUCAUCAGCGUCUAGGAAGCGUCAUCAUCGUUCCAGUUCUAAGACGAGACACAGCAGUCGAUCACGACAUCGGUCCUCGUCUCGGUCUCGAAGGAGGUCGAGAUCACGAUCUCGGCGAAGGUCGAGGUCGAGAUCACGACAUAGGACCAGACGGUUGUCGCCUAGACAUGGGGGAAGAAGGAGAUCUAGGUCACCAACCGGCGUUAAGUUAGCAGAUAGUGAAAAGAAACGACUGCUAGAAGUUGCUAGAAGGAAUGCUAUAAACAUGCUCAAGAAUGGCGCGGUGCCCGCCGGGGCCGCUGCUUUGCCGCCGCAUACUAGGAACCAAGUAAUGGCUGCUAUUCAGUCUGGAGGUAAAUCAGUAGAUGAACUGACGGACUUCUGCAAGCACUUAUCCAAGAAAGAAGCGCUGGGUGAAUUAUCGUCUGUCUCAUCAAACGACGAUGAUAUGAGUGAGAACGAAGACACGCUGGCAUUCCACCAUCCCUUCCUUGUUAAGGAGAAGGCUCCUAUUGUUAUGAAUAUAAGGGGAGGAGCUCCACUGCCAAUAAAAACGAAUCCCCUCCCUAUAGCCAACAAGGAGGAGCUAAGGCUUCAGUUCCCCGUGUCUUCCGGCUCACAACACAGAGAGAAGGCAUCUGAAUGGGUGCCCGUCUCACCACCUAAGAAGGAUAUGCAAGUAGCAAAGCUCAACUCCACUAGUUCUAAGACAAAAGCAAUCACUGCCUCCACUCCCUCCACAACAAACACAUGCACAGAUAUUGCCAAAAUAUCUGAUAGAUCUUCAAGUCCGCCUGCGUAUAUGAAAAGUUUCACUUCUGGUAGUCAGCUGAACUCAGUGCCUGCAAUACCUGUGUUGCCAGCUCCGGGUCCCCAAGCUUACCCUCCGGGCGUAGAUGCACAGAAGAUGCAAGACGUGGCGUUGAUCGUGUCGCAGAAACUGUCCUUAAUUCGCAAGGAACAGGAAGAGAGUGAACUGUUUACUACACAUGGGUUUGGUUGGUCAGCGGGUGAAUCAUCACUUGGUCAGUUCACCGGUUCAACAGGAGCUCAGAUAUUAACGCCGAGGGAACUAGCAAGUGGUACACAAGCGUGGGCCAAAAAGCUGAUUGCCUCGCCGGUCGGGAUUUGCGGUCACAGCGCGUGCGACCGUUCGGUCAGAACUUAUAAUACAUGUCGUAUUAUACUUUCUGACCCUUUUCUAUUAAAAACUGUGAUGGUUGCAACAACUUGACUUUUUUUAAUGUUAUCCUUGUAUCACUGUUUUGUCAAUGAGCUAUAUUGUAGCACGAUUUUUUUAUGUAUAUGUAUUUUAUAUUAACUAAAAGCUAUUACAAUGCUUGGUUUUAAAGGAAAGACGCUAUGAACUAUUGGAAAUUCUUUGCUUAAGCUAUUUCUGUGGAUGCCCUUUUUAUCUUACACUUGCAUUUUUCUACAGAUUGAACUGUUUUCUCUUUUUAUUAUUACCAUGUUUAAAAUGGGAUUUUGGAACUAUUUCCAUUUGCACACACAAUUCUAAUAUUUAUUUUUAUAAUAACUAUCGUGAGACACUAAAUUAACGCAACGUACAUACGUACGUAAUUAACGUAUGUGCACGCUGCUCACGAUGAAGUCCCUCUGUGACUCGAUACUAGUAAAGCUUUUGUCAGUAUACUUACGUGAGUAAACCGUUAUUUUUAGCUAAUGUAUUGUUCUUAUUCGUGAAUGGAAUUAUCAAAAUUUUAUCAGUACUUCAGUAGUUUUGAAUAUUACACAGAACAUAUCUUCUUUACAGUAGUUAAUUAACACGUAUCAAGUAUCAAUAUAAAAUGUAUUUCAAGCUAGUUAAAAAAAAUAACAUAUUUAUUAUAUUAUAUAGAAUUGCUUUGGCUACACUCACACUUGAAAAUUUAUCCAAAUAUAUAAUUACUCAAGCUAUUAUCCUCUCUAUAUAAUUAUUAUGUAAUGUAACCUCACUGAAUGUUGCUGCAACCAUUACGCGACCUCGUUAUUCCCUGUUCGUGUAACUUGGGAACUUUAAAGUUCGCAUGUUACACCGCACUACUCUUCUAACGUGAUGGUAAUUCUCAUGCCACGCCCCCCUUUGGCAUGUUAAUCAUCAUUACCAAAGAUUGCGUACAGAUAUUCAGUUUUCCCCUUGGUUGUGACUGACUUAUUUCACUUGUUUAUUUAUUUUAUUUCUGACCUACUUUUCAAGUAUUUUUAUUAAGUGUGGCAUUGGGCCAAAAUGCAAACCUUUUUCAAUAUUAUAUUGUUGUUGUUUUGCAUUGUUUUAGUUUCCAUUUUGUUCGUUUAAGUUUGAUUGUCGUUGGAUUUAUUUAUUCAACUUUAGUUUUGUCCUUGACUUUGUAUACAAAGAAUUUAUUGUCUAGGACUCUUGGGCGGACAUGUAGAAUCUUGAAUUUAUAAAUGAUAUUGGUCAGUCUUCAAAUUAUAAUGAAAAAAGUCCAUCGAUUCUUUGAGCUAUCCUAGAAGGGCGAAAAUAGCUUACAGCCACUCCCAAACAUUUGUGCAAAGCUAUGUGCGAAGUUUUGCACAACUUACCAUAAUGUACAAGCGAUUCGCGUCUUUAUAAACAUUAAAAAGAUACGUUUUCGUGAAAAAAUGCGAUGCAUUGAUGGCUCAAAGAAAAGUGGCCAAGAUGGGGAAUUCAUGAAUAUUUGUUGCAGCUUUUAAGUGAUAAGGAGAUGCGUGCACUUCGAUGUCUACGAUGAUAGGUGCUAACCUUACAAUGUAUUCAAAGAGGUAAGUAUAAUAUGGGAGGGGGUGAAAUAAAUACUCAGACAAAAAUGAACUUUAUAUGUUGUGUACACUGAGUGCAAAUUUGAUAAAUAUGAUAUCUACUACUAGCAGACUCUGCAAUAUUAUUGAAAAUUGGGUUACAAUGCGCUGGUUUUGGUGUUUUAAGAGAAUACUUCAACAUUUUUCUUCGAAAAUAGUCUUAAAAUACAUUAAAAAUCAUAAUAGUUCUCAUAUAAACAAAUUAAUUAAUACUCACGAUUGUCAAUGCAUUGUCUAAUGUUGUGAAAUGUAUAUAGGAUCAACUCGUGCGUGCUGCGCCCGUUGAAGGAGGCAUGGGCAUGCACUUACUUCAGAAAAUGGGCUGGACGCCCGGCCAAGGGUUGGGUAAGGAAGGUACUGGGACGCUUCAGCCAUUACUGCUCGAAGUUAAGCUUGAUA